AUGGACAGGUCUAACAUAAAUACGUUUGCGUUUUGGCGCCGUACAAUAUCCACUUCUGUUGUAAGGCUAGCAACAGAAUCUAAAGUAAAAUCCAAUGAGUCUGCUAGUAAGGCGUAUAGUGAUACUUUACUCUUACCUAAAACAAAUUUUCCGCUUCGUGCGGAUGCUGCAAAACGCGAAAUUACAUUUAGAAAACGAUGUACUGAAGAUUUAUAUUUAUGGCAGUUAGAGAAUAAUCCAAAAGAGUUAUUUAUACUACACGAUGGUCCACCGUACGCGAAUGGAAAUUUGCAUAUAGGAUGGGACUGUCAUGGACUACCAAUUGAAUUGAAGGCACUUUCAGAGCUCAAAGUUCGUGCAGAUGGUACUGUUUUGUCUCCUAUGGAAAUAAGAAAGAUUGCGCGGGAGUGCGCGUUGAAAGCAAUCGAAACGCAGAAACAAGAUUUUAUGAGUUGGUGUAUUAUUGGCGAUUGGAAAAACGCGUAUAGGACAUUAGCUGGGACCAGGGAAAGACGUGGUGGUAGAGAGGAUAAAGAGUAUGAAGUGCGUCAGUUAAAAGUAUUUCACGCAAUGGUAAAAAAAGGUUAUAUUUAUAGGCAAAAUAAGCCUGUAUAUUGGUCUCCAUCAUCGAGAACGGCUUUGGCUGAAGCAGAAUUAGAAUAUCACGAUGAUCAUAGAAGUCGUUCUGUCUAU